AUGGCAGCAGUAGACAAAGACGUGGCGGAGAAGUUUCUGGACAGCAACCCUGCCUUCGCCAAGGAGUACUACGACUCCAAAUUCCGGCCGAAGGUCAUCUCGGAUCUUCUAGGGAGCAGAAGAUCGGAGGUGGACAGUCGCGAGUUCCACAACCUGACCAGUGUGGAGGAGAGCGAGAUCAUGUUCGACCUGGUGCGGGACCUCCAGGAGAACCUGCAGAUGGAGCGGGCCAUCUUCAACCUGAUGCGACACCUGAGCUUCAUGAUGCGGGCGGACCGCAUGAGUCUCUUCAUGUACCGCAUGAGGAACGGCACAGCCGAGCUGGCCACGCGCCUCUUCAAUGUGCACAAGGACGCCACGCUCGACGAGUGCCUGGUGCAGCCCGACAGCGAGAUCGUCUACCCGCUGGACACUGGAAUCGUGGGCCACGUGGCCAGUACCAAGAAGACCAUCAAUGUACCUGAUGUAACGCAGAAUGCCAACUUUAGUGAUUUUGUGGACACUCUCACGGAAUAUGAGACCAAAAAUCUCCUGGCCACGCCCAUCAUGAAUGGCAAAGACAUGGUGGCUGUCAUCAUGGCUGUGAACAAGAUUGGGGGGACACACUUCACCAAACAAGAUGAGGAGACCCUGAUGAAGUAUAUCAAUUUUGCCAAUCUGGUACUGAGAGUCUUCCAUCUGAAUUACCUUCACAACUGUGAGACCAGAAGAGGGCAGGUGCUGCUGUGGUCUGCCAGCAAGGUGUUUGAGGAGCUGACCGACAUUGAGCGACAGUUCCACAAGGCCCUCUACACAGUUAGAGCUUUCCUCAACUGCGAGCGCUAUUCCGUUGGGCUCCUGGACAUGACCAAGACAAAGGAAUUCUUUGACCUCUGGCCAGUGUUGAUGGGGGAGGUUCCUCCAUAUGAUGGGCCUAAGACUCCGGAUGGCAGAGAAGUUAUAUUCUACAAAGUAAUUGACUAUAUAUUACAUGGAAAAGAGGACAUCAAAGUAAUUCCGAGCCCCCCAGCUGACCACUGGGCCUUGUGCAGUGGGCUGCCCACGUACGUGGCUGAGAAUGGACUGAUUUGCAACAUAAUGAACGCUGGGCAGGACGAUUUCUUUGAAUUCCAAAAAGGACCUCUGGAUGACUCAGGCUGGACCAUUAAGAAUGUACUGUCAUUGCCUAUCGUCAACAAGAAAGAAGAGAUUGUGGGCGUGGCCACCUUCUACAACAGGAAGGAUGGGAAGCCCUUUGAUGACAUGGAUGAAACACUCAUGGAGUCUCUGACGCAGUUCCUUGGCUGGUCGGUGCUGAACACGGACACCUAUGAUAAGAUGAACAAGCUGGAAAAUCGCAAGGACAUCUUCCAGGACAUGGUCCUCUAUCAUGUCAAGUGCAGGAAAGAUGAGAUUCAGAACAUUCUGAAUACCAGAGAGUGCUACGACAAGGAGCCCAAUGAGUGCGAUGAAGACGAACUUGAAGACAUCUUGGAAGAACAGCUCCUAGAUUCAGAAGAGACAGAGAUCUUUGAGUUCCACUUCUGUGACUUUGAGUUCACAGAGCUGGACCUGGUCAAGUGUGGAAUCAAGAUGUACUAUGAACUGGGUGUGGUGGACAAGUUCCAUAUCCCAAGAGAGACACUGGUGAGGUUCAUGUACUCCCUCAGUAAGGGCUACAGGAAGAUCACCUACCACAACUGGAGGCACGGCUUCAACGUGGGCCAGACCAUGUUCACUCUGCUCAUGACAGGUGACCUGAAGCGUUACUACACUGACCUGGAGGCCAUGGCCAUGGUUACUGCUGGUUUCUGCCAUGACAUUGACCACCGAGGAACAAAUAACCUCUACCAGAUGAAAUCCGGAAACCCCCUGGCCAAACUCCAUGGCUCCUCCAUCUUAGAGAGACACCACCUGGAGUUUGGGAAAACAUUGCUGAGAGAUGAAGACUUAAACAUUUACCAGAAUCUGAACAGACGACAGCAUGAGCAUGUCAUCCGUCUGAUGGACAUCGCCAUCAUUGCAACUGACUUGGCUCUAUAUUUCAAGAAAAGAACCAUGUUCCAGAAGAUUGUGGACCUGUCCAAAACCUAUGAUGAUUGGGAUGCAUGGACCAAGUUCAUGAUGCUUGAGACCACCCGAAAGGAGAUAGUCAUGGCAAUGAUGAUGACCGCAUGCGACUUGUCUGCUAUUGCCAAACCCUGGGAGAUCCAGAGCAAGGUGGCGCUGUCUGUAGCAGCGGAGUUCUGGGAACAGGGUGACCUGGAGAGGACUGUUCUGGAGCAACAGCCCAUUCCCAUGAUGGACCGGAACAAAGCGGCUGAUCUUCCCAAGCUGCAGUGCGGUUUCAUCGAUUUUGUCUGCGCAUUUGUGUACAAGGAGUUCUCCCGUUUCCAUGUGGAGAUCACCCCCAUGUUAGAGCGCCUGCUGAACAACAGGAAGGAGUGGAAUGCACUUAAGGAGGUGCACGAAGCCAAGAUGGCCGCCCUAGAGGGGGCCAAGCCACAGAAGGCAGAGGCUGCUGCACCAGCCGCGGCAGCCAAGGCGGCAAACCACGCCCCAAGUCAGCCCCAGUCCAAGACCUGUGUCAUCAACUAGAUGGAAGGAGCCAGGGCGCUUCAUUAGUCUAAGAACAAGAAGUGUGCUUGCCUCACAAGUCUUUUCACCAAACCUUUCAUUAGCUAUCUCACUUUUGCGGACCUUCAGAUCUCUUAGGCAAGGAUAAAGCUCAAAUAUUUUACGGAGUAAUUGAUGCAUAUUAGAAAAAAAGGAGCACUGAGUGUAAUUCUGAGAGUAAAAGUGUUCAAGUGAUUUGCUGGCAGAUAUUAUGACUGUACAAAUUACUGUACAAAGUACAGUCAUAGUAUAUCAUUUUGUUUCUUGUUUUGUGUUAUAGCCUAUAUUUGAAAUUCAUGGCUUGAAAUUUCUUACCAUCCCAUAGGUUAUCAGAUGUCAAAUUACGUGUCAGAUAAUACACAUGACAGGGAAGUAUGGCUAUAUGGGUGUUUACAGUUUGGCAUGUCUUGAAUUCUAAAGAUACAUUUAGGGUAUCAUUCAAUCUGAAAAAUAAAAUAUUUUACUAAAAUGCA